AUGCAAUUACCGAUUCCCACAGAUCUCUCUGGUGGUUUAUACUUCGUUAACGGCAAAAGGACAACCGUCAGCGGUGCAUCGACUUUCGAUGUCAUAGAGCCUCGGAUAGGAGCCGUCGUUGCAAAGUGUCCUAUUGCCGACAAAAAGAUCGUGGAUCAAGUUGUACAAUUGGCAUCGAGAGCCCAAGUUGCAUGGGGAGAGCUCACUGCGCUUGAACGAGGAAAAUUUCUAAGGAAGGCUGCUGAAAUCAUGAGAGACAACCUUGAAGAGAUCGCUCGAUGGGAAGUGAAAACAAAUGGCAAACCGAUUUAUGAAGCCCGUAUUGACAUCGAGUCAUCCGCUGACACAUUCGACUUUUACGGAGGUGUCGCUGCAGCGGUACUGCAAGGUGAUCAAAUCGACCUGCCAGGUGGUCCUACACAGCGUUUUGCCUAUACUCGUCGGGAGCCGCUGGGAGUUGUUGGUUGCAUCGGAGCCUGGAACUAUCCAUUACAGACUUGCGUUUGGAAGGUCGCACCUGCUCUAGCUGGCGGUAACGCGGUCGUAUAUAAACCAUCUCCUUUCGCUCCGGCCUCACCAGUACUUCUUGGAGAGAUUCUCACCGCUGCUGGUAUACCUGAUGGAGUCUACAAUGUGGUGCAGGGAGAGGCAGAAACUGGCAGCGCUCUUUGCGUCCACCCACUGAUCAGAAAACUCUCAUUCACUGGUUCCGUUGCUGGCGGUAUGGCUGUACAAAGGCAAGCAGCAACUGAGAAUGUCAAACCGGUCACGCUAGAACUCGGAGGAAAAUCGGCACUGAUCAUAUUCAACGACUCCGAUGUUAAAAGUGCCGUCGCCGCUGCUAUGCUUUCAAAUUUCCUCAACCAAGGGCAGGUCUGCACGAAUGCCGCACGAGUUUUCGUUCAAAGGGGCAUAUUGAAUGACUUCACCACAGAGCUUCUGAAGGAAUGUGACGAGAAAUUGAAAAUCGGCGACCCUCUACUUGAAGAUACACGGGUCGGUGCCAACAUCAAUGAAGAUCAUAUGAACAAAAUCCUUGGAUUCAUUGAAAGUGCCAAAAAAGAGGGUGGUCAAGUGCUCCGUGGAGGUCGCCGUGUCCAUCCAAAAGGCGUCGAAAAUGGUUUCUACAUUGAUCCAACUGUUAUUGUUGGACUGACGGAUGACGCCCAUGCCGUUCGGGAAGAAAUUUUCGGUGCGGUCUGUUUGAUUCUCCCAUUUGAUACUGAAGACGAAGUGAUACAUAGGGCGAAUGCUACCAUGUACGGUCUAGCCGCAGGAGUUUUCUCUGGGAAUUUGGCUCGUUGCCAUCGAAUUGCCACUAAGCUGCAGGCUGGCACUGUGUUCAUCAACACGUAUAAUGAUACCGAGGUAAAUGUACCGUUCGGUGGUUACAAGAACUCAGGACAUGGACGAGAAAAUUGCCUUGAUACUCUGAAAGCCUAUACUCAAACGAAAGCAAUCUAUGUGAAUAUCCAAGAUACCACAGAGCACUGUUUCUAG